AUAAUUCUCCCCCUGCCCACAAACACACGCCCCAGGGCUAUAAAACUGAGGCCCUCAAUUGCUCUGACAGUUGCAAGAAGUUCUUCCAGCACUAUACAACAAAAGACCGAAAAUGAUCAGGGGACUGUGUUUUGCAGUGUUCCUAGCAGCAACUUGUGCAGUUACUACUGGCCAAACGGUGGAGUGUUUUGAUGUGUGUGGAGCGGCUGCCGUUAGUCUUGGAAUUAAUCCCUCACCUGCCGCAUGCUGUAAUGGAGGUGGUACUGGAUUUAUCGACCUGAGCAAUGAGCCGGCCGGCUGUUUGGAAUGCAGCUCUUUGAGCAGCCUCACGGUAGCCCUAGGAUUGUCCACCUCAGAGCUGGCUGUUGGCAUGGACGGCUCCAUCACUUGCUCAGUCACGUCCGAGGAUACGAAUAAUCUAGUGGCAAGUAUUCAACUAGUGGGCCCUGAUCGAAACAUCAUCAUGGAAGUUAAUGAUACUGACAGUCUCACGUUUAAUUUCUCGCCGCUCCAAGUGUCAGAUAUGGGAGAAUACGAGUGCCUAGCAUCUGUGACAUCACCUGACUUUCCCAGCCUGCCCCCCAUUCCCGUCACCGGGACCAUCGACAUAAACAUACCCACACCGUCUGGUGUAGAAGUGACAAUUAUAGCUAGCUCCAACACUCCGCUCGCUGGUCAACCAGUCACCAUAUCGUGUGCAAUCGCUGCCGAAGGGCAGAGCAUCCAGUGGGUGGGGCCAGACGGGCAGGUGAUAAUGACAGGGGGUGGAUUCACUGUGGGGGAUACUAUCUCAGCAGGGGGUAUCACUAGUAGUAUCCUCACACUACCGAGUGUAGCCGAGAGUCAAAGUGGACGUUACUCUUGUGUGAGUGACCUCGGUAACAUAUCCCAGAGGAUCGAUGUGAUGGUUCGUGGUCCGAUUAUAGACAUCGUGGAACCCAGCGAACCUACAAUGGUCGGUGAAACAUUCAUUUCAAAGUGCACAGGGACGGCUCCACCCGAUAUCGAGGGUGGUAUGGUGUUUGCAACGUGGGUGGAUGAAGAUGGCUCUAUACUGGCUGCCAACUCUUCCGUGGAUGAGGUUUGUGUUACCCUCGUCAUUAGCCCCUUUGUUCCUGGGAGUGAGGGAGAGUACCGCUGCGAGGUAUUCUACACUUCACCACUGGUCACUGGUAAUCCCGGUAGUACUGGGAUUUUGAACAUCACUCAAAUGUUAGUUACUCAACCACCGCUAGUGACCACUCAACCACCCCCAGUGACCACUCAACCACCACCUGUGACAACUCAACCACCUCCUGUGACAACUCAACCACCCCCAGUGACCACUCAACCACCACCUGUGACAACUCAACCACCCCCAGUUACCACUCAACCACCCCCAGUUACCACUCAACCACCACCUGUGGUUACUCGACCCCCUGCACGCAAUGAAUGUGAGCUGGGAAUUGACAAUUGCAGUAGACGGGAAGUGUGUCGAGAGCAUGGCAAUGGACGAUGGAAAGAAUGCACCAGGGUUGCUAUGUGUAUGGACACAGCUGAGGGAUUUACGUGUUCUUGUACCCCAGGAUUCAUGGGGGACGGUGUCACUUGUCAAGAUGUGAAUGAGUGUUCUCUUGGCAUUGACAACUGCCACAGAGAAGCAGACUGCAUCAACCAAGAGGGGUUGUUCGAUUGUCGUUGCCAGGAUGGUUUCCUGGGUGACGGUAUCAACUGCUGUGUCAGUGAGCUCUCACUCAUAGCCCUGGUGCAGGAAGAGGAGGGGUCAAAGACAGGAUCAAAUAAGUCAAGGAAGUCUAGAUCUAAGAAGAGAAAGGGGCGUUCCGCUCGAAAGUCAAAGUCCAGUAGCUCAAGGUCCAGUAGCUCCUCAUCCUCCAGCUCAUCAUCCAGCUCAUCCUCCUCCAGCUCAUCGUCCAGCUCUGACAACAACGCAGCAAGUAUUGACAUAGAGCCAGCGUGUAUGGGGGUGCUCGAGCAGUUCAGGGCAGACUCUAGCAGUGACACGAGUAGAUCUGGAAGUUCCUCUAGCAGCGACACGAGUAGAUCUGGAAGUUCCAGUAGUAGCUAAAACUAAGAGACACCAUUAAACUGAACAGUUAGGACUAACAUUGAUUAACGAUGAAUUGUGAUUUGCAAUUUUGAGAGAAAUAACAAAUAAAUAUUGCCACAAUAAUAAA